AUGGCAGCAGGAAGUGUCAAAGAAGUGCCAAAGGAUCACGCGGAGAAAGGUUUAGGUGCCAAAGAUGUUUCAGUCCAAACCCCCUGUUACCAACUGCAAGGAAACAAGAAACAAGAAAUUGUUUCAGUCUCUAACAAUGGAAAGGUACAAGCUAAACUUUUUCAAACUGUUUAUGAUGAUUCCAUGACUGGUAUGAUGCACUUGUCUUUCUCCAAAGGUGUUGAGACAGGUACAGGAAGUAGUGAAGAACAAAUGGAGAAAGCAAAUCAAGAAAAGGAGACUCAACCAAACCUGGAUCCGCCAGAAUCUAAACCACCAGACCAACAACUACAAGACCAUGAGUUCAAUCCAGAAGGACCAGAACCGAACAACAAGAGGAAGUCAAAAUCAGAACAAGAAUACAGUCAAGCCAUGCCUACUUCUAAGCUAAGUGAAUUCUUAAACCAACACAUUCAUCCUGUCUUUUUAACUGUCUUAAUGCACUUGUCUUGGUUUAAAGAAGUUGAGAAAGGUACAGCUGAGCAAGAGAGACGCCUAGAAGCUCACAAAGCUUUAACUUGCCAUACCAAGAAGGAGUAUGAGCAACAUGUUCUUAAGCCAAUUGCCGCAGCUGAUUCACUAAUGAGCGUUUUGAAUAGUACACAGGUUAGUGAAGCUCAAUACUUGAUUUACUAUUGGGAUCAUUUCAUGAUACAUCAGAAACUUCAGAAUUUUGUUUUUGAAAUUCCCAUUUCAAGUAUAAUGCACUUGUUCUUUUCCUUGAGUGUCAACAAAGGAUCAGGUUUUAUGGAGAAGCAUAAGAACUGGAAGAAGCAGCAUCAAAGAACAACACAGUCUCAUCUCACGUUCAUCUCAUUCCCUGUUCACCUAUGGUUCUUUGUUUGA